AUUCACUGUGAAUUGAACAAACGGUUGAUCUUGGCCACGUUCAAAGGCACAGAAAACAACAUGGCUCAAAAAUUGACAAUUACUUUGAUCGUCCUGUUUGGGCUUUUAACUUUAGGCUUAUCGCGUCCAACGUUCGAGGACGACGAGUCCUUUGCAUUCGAUGAAGAAGAAGCCAGAGCUUACCAAGAAGGACAGGGCUAUGAUGAAAAAGAGGAUCACGAAGAAGAAGAACGAGCCUACGACGACGAGGAAGGCCAAGCUUAUGACGAAGAAGAAUCCAGAGCUUACGGUGACGUACCAGCUGAAUUUAUGAGCCAAUAUGAAGAGAUCCGCCAAAGUAAGGAAGGACCACCUCGUCUUUUAGAGGUCUCGAAUUUCUGUUACGGCCGAAAGGAUGGCAAUUACGCAGAUUCUUCAAACCCUAACGCCUUCUAUAUGUGUGACAAGGCCGGGCAAACUUGGACUAUGAACUGCCAGGCCGGUUUAGUUUUUGACCAAUCUCGUAAUCGCUGUGAAUGGGCGCAUGGAAGUUCCGGUGGUAAGCAAACCAACAAUGGAUACCAGUCCUAUGUGCCACUUCCAGUAAAAGAAACCUACGUACCACAGCAACCAGCGAAAGAAACAUAUGUGCCAUACCAGGCAUCUGCCCAGAUCACUGGCUAUGGUCGCUAAGGGAUUAUCACAUCUUCAAUAAUUUAUCUUUCGUUUUGUUGUGUGAUUUUGUCCUAAAACAUUGAUUCAUAACAAAAAACAAUUUAGAUACUUUUGGUUACCUAAAAUGUUUGAAGCUGGCAAUAAACUUUACCUAUUAUUGGUGAGCUUGA